UCUCUUCCCUUCUCUUCUCUUCUCUUUAAAGUUUCUCUGCGAAUCACUAUUUGCUUUCUUUUGUUCUCAGACCCAAAUAUAAUUUAGAAUGAAGGCAGCUAAGGGUAAGGGGGCAGCAAGGAGCUCAAGGGAAGUUUUGAAAGUUGUGGAGGACAGAAAGGUUGGGAAGCGAAAGGCUGCUACCCAGGCUGACAAGGGUAGCAAGCGGAAGGCCAAGAAGGAAAAAAUGGCUAAGAAAGACCCCAACAAACCGAAGAGGCCGCCUAGCGCUUUCUUUGUUUUCCUUGAGGAGUUCAGGAAAGUGUUUAAGAAAGAAAACCCGAAUGUGAAGGCUGUAUCGGCUGUUGGAAAAGCUGGAGGAGAUAAAUGGAAAUCUCUGUCCAACGCUGAAAAAGCUCCAUAUGAAGCCAAGGCUGCAAAAAGGAAGGCCGAGUAUGAAAAGCAAAUAAAGGCGUACAACAAGAAACUGGAGAGCACAGCGGAUGAUGGCGAUGAAGAGUCUGACAGGUCAAAAUCCGAAGUUAAUGAUGAAGAUGACGAGGCUAGUGGGGAGGAAGGACAUCCAGAGGAGGAUGACGAGGAGGAGGAGGAGGAAGAUGAGGACGAUGAGGACUGAAAUUGUAUGCAUUUUGGACUUGGGCACAGCAGUUGAUAUUUCAGGGACAGUAUCAUAUAUUUUGUAUGUGCAUACCUUAGCCUUUGGCUGCCUAUGGUACUUUUUGAAAGGAACAUUUGCCUUGUACUGCCACGAUUUUAUUAUAUGACUACAGUGUGUGUAUAAACAAAGGCAGCUUUCCUCGUUUCUCGUUAGUGUUUUAUAUAAUGGUAAAUUAGCUCAUCCGCAAUGGGAUAAUCGUCUGUU